AUGAAGCAGGAAGCACAUCAUCCCAAUAACACAUACCCACAUACCAGCUUUGCUGCUAUCUAUGGCAACCAUAUUGGAGACUUCCCUGCUUAUCAAAACUUCACCUUCCCUUUCAACUUCACCUACAGUGACUAUGACCUGCUCUUGGAUGAUGAUGAUGAUGUGACCAAGACUCGCACUUUCUUCGCUGCCAAAAUUGUCAUUGGUGUGGCACUGGCUGGAAUCAUGUUGGUCUGCGGUAUUGGCAACUUCAUUUUCAUUGCUGCUCUCAUCCGUUAUAAGAAGCUACGGAAUCUCACCAAUCUUCUCAUUGCAAACCUGGCUAUCUCAGACUUCAUUGUGGCCAUUGUUUGCUGUCCAUUUGAGAUGGACUAUUAUGUGGUGCGCCAGCUAUCCUGGGAGCAUGGCCACAUCCUCUGCGCAUCCAUCAAUUAUUUGCGCACUGUUUCCCUCUAUGUUUCAACUAAUGCACUCUUGGCCAUUGCUAUGGACAGAUACCUUGCCAUUGUUCACCCAUUGAAACCUCGGAUGAAUUACCAAACAGCAACCUGUCUAAUUGCUUUGGUGUGGAUCGUCUCCCUGAUCAUUGCAAUACCAUCAGCCUAUUUUGCAACCGAGACUGAACUGUUUAUGAUAAAAAACCAAAAGAAGUUUUUCUGUGGACAGAUUUGGCCAGUCGAUCAGCAGAUGUAUUACAAAUCCUAUUUUCUGUUCAUCUUUGGUGUCGAAUUUGUUGGGCCAGUCUUCACCAUGACCCUCUGCUAUGCCAGGAUUUCACAGGAGCUUUGGUUUAAAACUGUGCCAGGCUUCCAGACAGAGCAGAUCAGAAAAAGGCUUCGUUGCAGAAGGAAAACCGUGCUGGUGCUCAUGUGCAUCCUAACUGCGUAUGUUCUCUGCUGGGCACCCUUCUAUGGCUUCACAAUUGUCCGUGACUUCUUCCCCACUGUCUUUGUGAAGGAAAAGCAUUACUUGACAGCCUUCUACAUUGUGGAAUGCAUCGCCAUGAGCAAUAGCAUGAUAAACACCAUGUGCUUUGUGACAGUCAAGAACAACACCAUGAAGUACUUCAAGAAGAUUAUGCUGCUUAGGUGGAGGUCCACCUACUAUGGAUCCAAGGCUAGUGUAGAUAUGGACAUCAGAACCAGCGCAAUGCCCAUCACGGAGGAGGUGGACUGCAUUAGACUGAAAUGA